AUGUCGAGAUUUCUACGACAAUCGAGCCAGCUCGCGCGGGUGACGAGGCUCACAUCCCAGCCUGCACUGCGGGCAUGCGCGCGGCCCUCAAUCAUCACCAGGUCGAUCCCCGCAAAGACAUCUGCCGCUUUCGCGAUCCGGGCGAGGGCCUACUCCUCGCAACCCCCACCAUCCGGAAAAGAUCCCCGAUCGAACCCCGACAAAGACACAGAGCAUGGAAGCAAGCCAUUAAAUCAACAUAAAGCCAAGGAUGGGUCGGAAGGAGGCAAGGCUGAGGCACCCAAGCCGUCGCCUCUGCCGGAAGGCUGGAUUCAUCUAAGCAAGGACGAGAUCGCCCACCUCGAACAAUUCACCGGCAGACUCCCCGAGGCCCAGCGGCCUGUAGCAAAGGAUAUUCUUGAAAAGCUCCAGAUUGUUGGUGCGCCAGCUGAGACCCGAGAUCUCCUUGAGAAGCUGCGUGUCAACGGCAAUCUUUCAAUCUUGGACAAGGGAAGGCUUAUGCGUUGCGUCUACAUGGUCACGGAGCGAAUAGUCGAGCUUGAGGACAGCGAGAACCAGGAUGGCCCUUUCUCGUCGUUCCGCAUGGACAACGAGUCCAAGACGAACGACGGCAAGGCUGGCGCCAAGGAGGAUGGAUCCGGUAACAAGAAGCAAGAUGCGGGCAAGGCCGGAGGAAAGCCGCCCAAGAACGAGCGAAGCGGCUGGCUUGAGGCUGUCCAGACUGGUAUUGCCAUCGGUGUCACUGUCUGGAUUGCGGAGCUUCUUGCCAACCCCUUCUCAGAGAAGGAGAUCACCUGGCAGGAGAUGCGAAAGGCUUUCCUCGACAAGGGUCUGGUUCAGAAGCUUGUGGUCAUUAACGGCUCCCAAGUCCGGGUCGAGCUUCACCCAACCGCCACCGGCGCUACGGGUGAGAAUGGUCAGCCCGCAAGAAAGACAUACGUUUUCUCCAUCGGAUCUGUCGAGUCCUUCGAGAGGAAGUUGGAGGAGGCUCAAGACCAGCUCGGCAUUCCACCCUCUGAGAGAAUACCUGUCAGCUACGAGGCUGGCGGUGGCACUUUCGGCAACCUUCUCCUCGCUUUUGGCCCUACUCUACUGUUCAUCGGUCUGAUUCUCUGGACUCAGCGGUCAAUGGGUGGACGUGGUGGUGCUGCCGGUGGCAUGUUCAACUUUGGCAAGAGCAAGGCCAAGAAGUUUAACGCCGAGAGCGCUGUCAAGGUCAAGUUCUCGGACGUCGCCGGCCUCGAGGAAGCCAAGACUGAGAUUAUGGAGUUUGUGAGCUUCUUGAAGCAGCCCGAGAAGUUCGAGAAGCUCGGAGCCAAGAUCCCCCGAGGAGCAAUUCUGGCUGGUCCCCCUGGUACCGGUAAGACACUGCUCGCCAAGGCCACGGCUGGCGAGUCUGGAGUCCCCUUCUUCAGUGUGAGCGGUUCUGAAUUCGUCGAGAUGUUUGUGGGUGUUGGUCCUUCUCGUGUGCGAGACCUGUUCGCAGAAGGCCGUAAGAACGCUCCCUGCAUCAUCUUCAUCGAUGAGAUCGACGCCAUUGGUCGGGCACGACAGGAGAGUGGCCGAGGAUUUGGUGGCAACGACGAGCGGGAGGCGACUCUGAACCAGAUCCUUACCGAGAUGGACGGUUUCAACACCCGGGAGCAGGUUGUCGUCCUGGCAGGUACUAACCGAGCGGAUAUGCUCGACAAGGCCUUGAUGCGACCUGGACGAUUUGAUCGACACAUUUUCAUUGACCGACCCACAAUGAAGGGCCGUCAGGAUAUCUUCAAGGUUUACCUGAAGAAGAUCGUGACCAAGGUGGACCAGGAGUACCUGGUUGGUCGUCUUGCGACGCUCACACCUGGCUUCUCUGGAGCUGACAUUGCCAACGUCGUUAACGAGGCUGCUCUGAUUGCUGCCAGAGGCAAUGCCGACGAUGUCAAGAUGGACCACUUCGAGCGAGCCAUUGAGCGAGUGAUUGGCGGUCUGGAGCGCAAGUCGCUGGUCCUAAAGCCAGAGGAGAAGAAGACUGUGGCUUACCACGAGGCCGGCCACGCUAUCUGCGGAUGGUUCUUGGAGCACGCAGACCCUCUCCUCAAGGUAUCCAUCAUUCCCCGUGGCCAGGGCGCUCUGGGUUACGCACAGUAUCUGCCUCAGGAUGCUUACCUGAUGAACACCAACCAGCUCAUGGACCGAAUGGCCAUGACGAUGGGUGGCCGCGUGUCAGAGGAGCUCCACUUCCCUACCGUGACAACGGGUGCUAGCGACGAUUUCAAGAAGGUGUCUCAGAUGGCACGGAACAUGGUGACCCAAUGGGGCAUGUCGGAGAAGGUGGGCCCUGUGCACUUCGAGAACGACCCGAACCGCAUGCAGAAGCCAUUUGCCGAGGCGACAGCUCAGCAGAUCGACCAGGAGGUGUCACGGAUCGUGGAGCAGGCUUACCAGCGGUGCCGCGAUCUCCUGACGGAAAAGAAGAAGGAGGUUGGCCUGAUCGCGGAGGAGCUCCUCAAGAAGGAGGUGCUGGUGCGAGACGACAUGGUGCGAAUCCUCGGCCGGAGACCGUUUGGCGACAACGAAGACUUUGAGAAGUACUUUGGAGGCGGCAAGGAACAGAGCAUGCCUCCGCCAUUCCCCGAGGAGACGGAUACACCCAAGGAGCCUCCUGCGCCUUCGCCGGCGUUCAAGAAGGUCGAGUAA